UCAGUGCCAAUGGUCUGUCCGGGUGGACCUCCGGGAUGUUCUGGUCAUCCUGGCCACCCUGGUGAAGACGGAUCAGCUGGACAACCUGGAAGCCCCGAAGGAGUCGGUGUAUCGUUACCAUAUAAUGGAUGUAUUCAAUGUCCUAUGGGACCACAAGGACAACCUGUAAAACCAGGGUUAACGGGGGCAUCCUGGAGAUGUGGUAGUUACUGGAAUGAAUGGAAUACCUAGAGGAAGAGGUCUUCCAAGAUAUCCAUGAAUGCCAGGGGACAAUGGAUCGAGCGGAGCUAAUGAAGAAUCGGGAGAGUAGGGCCUCCUGGACCAGAUGUUGGUUAUCCCAUGUCUGGGAGCCAGGGGCUUCUGGGUCGCAAGGAAAAACAGGUCAACCGGGUGGACAUGGAGUUGAUGGGCAUCCUGGAAGGGU